AUGCGCCCUUCCACCCCGCUGUCUGGGGACCUCCCCCCACUGAUAAUGGGCACCGCAACCUUCAACUCGCAAUACAAUGCAGACCCCUACGCCCUCCCAACCACAGAACUAGUCCAGCGUGCCCUGUCCCGCGGCAUUCGCGCCUUUGAUACAUCCCCCUACUAUGGCCCCGCGGAAGAGCUCCUCGGCCGUGCCCUCACCUCCGAAUUCGUACAAUCCAAUUUUCCCCGCGACUCAUACCGACUGCUUACCAAAGUCGGCCGCAUCGCUUCCACCUCAUUCGAUUACUCUCCAACCUGGAUAAAGCAUAGCGUGCGCCGCAGUCUUCGUCGCCUGCACACGGAGUACUUGGACGUCGUAUACUGUCACGAUGUGGAAUUCGUGAGCCCUGCCGAAGUUCUCACUGCUGUGCGCGAACUCCGUCGUCUGCGCGAUGAAGAAGGGGUACUGCGCUAUGUGGGAAUCUCGGGAUAUCCCGUCGAUAUAUUGAGUGAGCUUGCGGAGAUGAUCUUGCGCGAGACAGGCGAGCCGCUUGAUAUUGUGAUGUCGUAUGCCAACUUCACGUUGCAGAACACACGACUGUAUUCACUUGCGCUGCCGAGACUUCUUGCUGCGGGCGUGGAUGUUGUGCCCAAUGCGUCGCCACUGGGUAUGGGGUUGUUGAGGAGGGAUGGUGUACCAAUUGGCUCGAUGGGAGAUUUCCAUCCUGCGCCUGAUGCAUUGCGCGGAGCUGUUCAGAGGGCGGCGGAUCGCGUGAUGGAGCAUGGGGAGAAGCUUGAGGUCGUUGCUAUCCGUUUUGCGCUGGAGACUUGGUUGCGCGCUGGUGCUAAAGUUGGUGGACUUGGUGCGCCGUUGGCGAAGGGCAAGGAUGCGGAUCCAGGCUUCUUGUCAGUUGCGAAUAUGGGGACUGGAAGGAGAAUGGGUGUUAGUGUAAUGGGCGUCAGCAACAUUGAUGAGUUGGAUGAGACGCUCCGGGUGUGGCAUAGUAUUUUGGAUGGACUGGAGAGCUGGAAUGAGGACGACGAAGAAUUCCAAUUUGAGAGCAGGUCUCAACCUGCUGGGUCGUCUACCCCGACGGUCUCUCUGGCGCAGUCCCAGGGCCUCGUCACCGACCGAGCUUGGUCUCACUCACGUCGUGCUCACAUCUUGCAGCUGUCUCAGGAGGUCCGUGACGUUCUGGGUAGCGAAUGGGUUGACUACGUAUGGGCGAGUCCGGGUGCGGGCUUCAAGAAUUUCUUGCCUGUUGAGCACCUUGAUACCGUAAAGAGGCUUGAGGAGGGCGAGGAUGAGGCUUCGCCUGCGGCCGGGUCUCCAGGAGACGUCAUGCUUACGCCGCCCUUGGAUGUGGAGAACCGACUGGGAUAG